GGAGGUUUCGGGAGGGAGGACAAGGGCUUCAGUUUGGCACAUGCUGAGACUGAGGGGUCGGUGAGACGUCUGGAGAGAGGUGGCCCGGAGGAAAGAAGAGAUGGGAGCUGGCGAAGAAGGAGAGAGAUUGCAACUCGAGAGGCACUGAAAGCCACCGGGCUACGGACGUCCGACCCCCGGCUGCGGGACUGCAUGAGCCAGAUGCGUCACCUGCUGCGCGAAUCCGGUGGUGGCGACCUCCUGGACCGGGACCUCUUUCGAAAGUGUGUGAGCCGCAACAUCGUCCUGCUGACCCAGGCCUUCCGCAAAAGGUUCGUCAUCCCCGACUUUGAGGAGUUCACCAACCACGUGGACCGGAUCUUCGAGGACACCAGGGGCCACACCGGGGGCCAGGUCGCCGCCUACAUCCCCCAGCUGGCCAAGUUCAACCCGGAACUGUGGGGAGUUUCCCUGUGCACGGUGGAUGGGCAACGGCACUCGGUGGGCAAUACCAAGAUUCCCUUCUGCCUGCAGUCGUGCGUGAAGCCCCUGACGUACGCCAUCUCGGUGAGCACCCUGGGCACCGAGUACGUGCACAAGUACGUAGGCAAGGAGCCCAGUGGACUACGGUACAACAAGCUGUCGCUCAACGAGGAAGGGAUCCCCCACAAUCCCAUGGUCAACGCUGGGGCCAUCGUCGUGAGCUCCCUGAUAAAGAUGGACUGCAACAAAGCAGAAAAGUUUGAUUUCGUGCUGCAGUACCUGACCAAAAUGGCAGGGAAUGAAUACAUGGGUUUCAGCAACGCCACGUUCCAGUCAGAGAAGGAGACGGGCGACAGGAAUUACGCCAUCGGCUAUUACCUCAAGGAGAAGAAGUGCUUCCCCAAGGGCGUGGACAUGAUGGCCGCCCUGGACCUCUACUUCCAGCUGUGCUCGGUGGAGGUGACGUGCGAGUCGGGAAGCGUGAUGGCAGCCACACUGGCCAACGGCGGCAUCUGCCCCAUCACGGGGGAGAGCGUGCUGAGCGCCGAGGCCGUCCGCAACACCCUCAGCCUCAUGCACUCCUGCGGCAUGUAUGACUUCUCGGGCCAGUUCGCCUUCCACGUGGGACUCCCCGCCAAGUCGGCCGUGUCCGGGGCCAUCCUGCUGGUCGUGCCCAACGUCAUGGGGCUCAUGUGCCUGUCACCCCCGUUGGAUAAGCUGGGCAACAGCCAUCGUGGCGUCAGCUUCUGCCAGGAGCUGGUGUCCCUCUUCAACUUCCACAACUACGACAACCUGCGCCACUGCGCCCGCAAGCUGGACCCCCGGCGGGAAGGCAGUGAAGUGAGGAACAAGACGGUGGUGAACCUGCUGUUCGCAGCCUAUAGCGGAGACGUGUCUGCCCUGCGCAGGUUUGCGCUGUCGGCCAUGGACAUGGAGCAGAAGGACUACGACUCCCGCACCGCCCUGCACGUCGCUGCCGCUGAAGGGCACCUGGAGGUGGUCAAGUUCCUGGUGGAGGCCUGCAAGGUCAACCCCUUUGUGAAGGACAGGUGGGGCAACAUCCCCCUGGACGACGCGGUGCAGUUCCAGCACGUGGAGGUGGUGAAGCUGCUGCAGGACUACCAGGACCGGUUCGCCCUGGCGGAGCCCCAGGCUGAGCAGGCCAAGGCCGAGCCCCUGUCCAAGGAGAACCUGGAGAGUAUGGUGUGAGGGGAGGCGGGAACCGGGCCCCCUCACAGAUCCCCUCGGCGGGAAAGACGGGAGGGGAGGGACCCUCGACCCCGACCCAGCGUUCCCGCCCUGGCUGGCCUGCGCUGCUGUGGUCACUCCCGCCCCUUGUAUAGACAGAGGAAGUAUUUUGUGUGCAAAUAAACUUUAAUUACAUAAA